CAUGUCGGGAAGGCCCCAAGGGCCAUAGAUGUGUGGUUGUAGGCAUGAGCGAUCUCCUCGCCUGCUUUCUUGGUGGCAGCGUACAGACUAUGGCUGGCUGAGGGGAGGCGGAGCGGGCGGCGAGAUGGAGACGUGAGUGAAGGGGACGACGAAAAGCUUGCGGAAGAGAUCAGGAUCGUUGGUGUCGCCCUCGACGACGAAGACCCCCUCGUCAUCGAGGAGGGCUUGGCGGGAACGUUUCAGGGAAGUGUCGUAGUAGUCGUUGAAGUUAUCAAGGCCGAGGAGCCCCAGGGGGUGAGGCUGGAGGUGGAGAGGUGGCGGCGGGAAGAGAUUGAGGGAGAGUAGCGGCGCGGGAAGAUGAGUAGCACGAUGGUGAGAAGGGAGAAGCAUAUGAGUACCCAGAAGGCGAGCUGGUGGUUGUGGAUCCAGCGCUGGAAGAUGCGGCGUUGGUGAUAGGGCUUAUCGGUCUUAAGCUUCCCGGCGUCGAGGGCACGCCGUCCAUGGCCAACGAUUUGAGCAAAAGAGCUUUAGAAGUUAAAACAAAGAAAGAGAACAAAACUACAAAACAACAGAAAUCCAAAAGAAGAGAUGACAACUGGCGCAGAUCUCUUCUAUCCAAUUUGGACGAUCCAAGCCUUUGAAGAAGAGGAAUAGUUGUUGGUUAAGGCUUCCAUAGGCAGCUAGUUCAUCAGCAAUGGCGUUGUCCUCUCUUGGAAUAGUAGUAAUGGUUUGUCUGAGAAGGCUUUCAUCAACAGCUUUAGUUUUUGGAUCAACUAGUUUGGUGGUCUCCAGGCAAUGCAGGGGUGUAGGUUUUGAAUUAACUGAGCGACCCCUGGACAGUCACAGCAAAUUUUAUCUGAAUUCCACUUGUUUUCUUUGCACAUCUGAAGAGCUUGGCAAAUAGUCUCAAUUUCAUCAUUGAUGGGAGAGGAAUGGCUGGAUUCCGAACACCACCUCCUUGAUUUGGUGGUCCAAUUUGCUGAGGAGAGUAACCCCUUGUUUGUAACACUACUGAGCAGGGAGAUGAGGCCCACCGGAGAAUCUCUUCUUGAAACUGAAAAACAAGAAAGCAGUUUCUGCCAUAUCUUUUGAUAUGGGGAUCUUAACAGGACAACAACUGCUUUGGAUUGUUAGGAGUUGGAAUAAAGGAACUAAGGUGUCCAAGCUGCAGUUGCAACGACUAAUGCAGAAACAGAGGUGGUCCAGCCACCUGGUCUACAAAAGCUUGUUGAUACUGAAAUAUGCCAGUGACCCAUACAAUAUUUGUCUUUGUUAUCUACUAGCACAGCAAAACUCUUUAAAGCCUUUCUAUUCUGUUUUACAGUCAUUUCUCCAUUCCUAGGUAUUCCUCCAUUGAGGACUUCGCAUCCAUGUAGAGCAUUGCGUACUGAAGUUGAUUCCAUGCAUCUAGUACUCCAGGAAGGCAUCAGUAUAUGCAGUCUUGGACAUCCCCGCGCUUCCUCAUCUCCUUCGGUUUAGUGUAAACCGAAAGAUGCCCAUCUUUUCGGGGAUUAGUCAUUGAUAUUCAUGAAGAUGACCGGUGUCCGCAUUUUACCGAUUACAGACUCAAGGGCAGUCAUCACUUUUGGGUAUGCCCCCAGAAAUGACCUAUUUAGGACAGGUUAUCUCUCACCGUCGCACCUGCCGCUGGAGUUUUGGUGGCCACCCCUGUAGAAGAAGUACAUGGUUAGAUGGGAAAAGGUUGCUGGAGAUUUUGAACGGAAAGAGGCUUGUAUUUGUAGGAGACUCACUGAAUCAGAAUAUGUGGGCAUCUCUCGGUUGCAUAUGUCUGGCCUCCUUGGAACACAAAGAUCAUGCAUUUGAGGUCCCAAGUUGGCAUGAGUAUAUCAGGAAGAAAAGUUUCCGUGCUGUUCAUUUUUUUGAUUACAACUGCUCCAUAACCUCCAUUGAAUAUCAUCUACAGCAAGUUGAGCGGUUUGUGAGAUUGGACCUCAUUUCGGAGGCAGCCAAAUAUUAUAAGACAGCAGAUAUCAUUGUGUUCAAUUCCGGUCAUUGGUCGACAGAUGCAAACACCAACCGAGGGCAAGACUUCUUUGUGGAAGCCGAUCACAUCUACUCACACCUGGGUCAAACUGAUGCCUUUGUGCAGGCCUUGCAAAAGUGGUGGUUGACUCUUCCAUUGAUGCCGCUAGGACUAAAUUUUUCUUUCUCGGAUACCGUUCUUCACACUAUAUGGGUGGCCACCAAAACUCCAUAGGCAGGUGCGACUGUGAGAGAUACGUUGUCCUAAAUAAACCAUUUCCGGGGGAAUGCCUAAAAGUGAUGAUCGCUUUUGAGUCCGUAAUCGGUAAAAUGCGGACACCGGUCAAUUUUCUGAAUAUCACAGCGAAGAUUAAUCCCCGAAAAGAUGGGCAUCCUUCGGUUUAUAUAAAACCGAAGGAGAUGAGGAAGCGCAGGGAUGUCCAAGACCGCAUAAAUUGGUGCUUUCCUGGAGUACUAGAUGCAAGGAAUCGACUUUUGUACACAAUGCUCUACAUGGAUGCAAAGUCCUCAAUGGAUGAAUACCUAGGAAUGGAGAAAUGACUGUGAAACGAAUAUUGUGUGGAUCACUGGUAUACCAUAUUUUUUGAAUUGGUUGGAUUUAAAGUUUUUUAAAUUGUAUUGUGCUUAAAUCUAAAUCUAAUUAAUUGAUUUUGU